AUGGUCAAUUGUCUUGGCUCUAAUCUCAUUGUCAACUGCGGACGUCGGCCAGGAGGCAGCUUCCAAUCGUUUAGAAAGGUGCGAUCUACGCCAUCUCUUUUACAUGCGGCUCCUGUCCCCGAGCUACCAGACGCCAUCCGAGCCGAGUAUACUGCACAUACACCCUUGCGAUUGACCAUCCUGCUAAUGAAAGCCGGAUGCAAGAGGACGGUGCGGCGUCGAGGUACAGCGUCACCUUGCAUUUUCUGGCCUCCCGGCAAACACCGCCCCGUCCUCUGCUCCGGCUUCCCAACCCGUACUACCAAGACACCUCCUGCUCUUUCAACUCACGACUUCGGGGCUGAAGUCUACCAAAAACACCUACUCAUAGACCCAAUGGCGACGACGAGGUCCAGCACGAGGGUACUUGAUACCCCGACACCCCAACGUCUUGCCUUUGCCGCGCCUCCCUUCACCGCCCAAACCCGCCACCACCGGGGUCAAAUAGUUGUACGUGUUACUGUUGCAAAAAUAAUUCACAUUUCGCGAGUGCAGUAUGCAAAUGCCACAGUAUCUCACACACCACCGCCUUCCUCCCUUCCAUUGUAA